GCUCAAUCCCCGGAACAAGAAUUAAUUGAUUAUCUGUUAACAGAAGAGGUUACUUGGAAAUUUAUACCGCAACGGGCCCCCCAUUUCGGGGGUAUUUGGGAAGCAGCAGUGAAAUCCUUUAAAACCCACUUUAAAAAGACAGUUGGAAUUUCAAAACUAACCCUUGAGGAAUUUUUGACCCUUGUUACGCAGAUAGAGGGAAUUUUAAACUCUAGACCAAUUACCCCAUUAUCUACAAAUGCAAAUGAUAUGAACGCUCUGACGCCAGGUCAUUUUUUAAUAGGGCGUCCAAUAACUGCCCCCAUAGAACCCGAAAUCACUCAAAUUCCAGAUAACAGAUUGUCUAGAUGGGAAAGAGUUACAAAAUUGACUCAAAAUAUUUGGAAAAGGUGGCAAAAAGAUUACUUGUCUAAUUUACACGAGCGAACUAAGUGGCAAUUUUCGAAGGAUAAUGUUACCCCUGGUACAAUGGUUCUAGUUAGGGAAGAUAAUCUUCCAGUAUGUCAUUGGGUAAUUGGUAGAGUUGAAGAAACUAUAGCUGGCAAAGAUAAAAAGGUUAGGGUUGUUUUAGUGCGAACUCCUAAAGGUUUAUUUAAAAGACCAAUUCAUAAAUUGAGUAUUUUACCUAUUGAGGACAAUAAAUAGUUUGGUAAUAAUUGUAACCUCAUUGAAUUAUUUU